UUCCUCCUUUUUCCUGGAGGCAACUUGGAGGAAGGCUUGGUAGGAGCUGCUGCAGCUACAGCAGACUGCCCGGCCAGCCUCUUCUUGGGCUGGUUGGUGGAGCUUUUUUUUUGCUUUGCUUUGCUUUUGCAAACCUCCAAACCCAGGAGCAGAAGAAAAGGGCAGUAAGGAAAAAUAAAACAAGACACGGCACCUGGAAGUUGGUGUGAUUGUCCGUGGAGAAUGGGCACUGCCGUAUGCCCAGGAGGCCCUGUUUGGGAUGUGCCUGGGAUGCUGUGGUUGGCCUUAGGUGUGCUUCUUGCACCUGGUGCUGCCAGGGCCAAUGAGUAUGAUUAUGUGAGUUUCCAGUCUGACAUCAGCUCUUACCAAAGCGGGCGGUUCUACACCAAGCCCCCCCAGUGCGUGGCCAUCCCUGCUGACCUGCGCCUGUGCCACAGCGUGGGCUACGACAAGAUGGUCCUGCCCAACCUCCUGGACCACGAGACCAUGGCCGAGGUGAAGCAGCAAGCCAGCAGCUGGGUGCCCUUGCUCAACAAGAACUGUCACAAAGGCACCCAGGUCUUCCUUUGCUCUCUCUUUGCCCCGGUCUGCCUGGAACGGCCCAUCUACCCUUGCCGCUGGCUCUGUGAGGCGGUGCGUGACUCCUGCGAGCCUGUCAUGCAGUUCUUUGGCUUCUACUGGCCGGAGAUGCUCAAGUGUGACCAGUUCCCUCAGGACGAAGUGUGCAUUGCUAUGACGGGCCCCAACGCCACAGAGGCAUCGAAGCCUCAAGGCACGACUGUGUGUCCUCCUUGUGACAAUGAGAUGAAGUCAGAUGCUAUCCUCGAGCACUUGUGUGCUAGUGAAUUUGCUUUAAAGAUGAAAAUAAAGGAGGUAAAAAAAGAAAAUGGAGACAAGAAAAUCAUCCCGAAGAAGAAGAAGCCUUUGAAGCUGGGCACCAUCAAAAAGAAAGACCUGAAGAAGUUGGUGCUGUACUUAAAGAACGGCGCAGACUGCCCUUGCCACCAGCUGGACAACCUGAACAACAACUUUCUCAUCAUGGGGCGCAAGAUCUUCCUGUUUCCUGCGCCUCCCCUUUCCUGGCCCCAGUUACAUCCCCAUAAGAGACUGUGCAAAGGUAUGUAGGUAGGCUUGGGGUUUACUAUCUUGGCAUCUGAGGUCGUAUGGAAACCGACUUUUCACAUAGAAUAACAAAAGUCUUGUGGCACCUGAAGGUCAGUGGAUUUAUUGUGGCAGAGGCUUCUGUGAACCACAUACUACUUGGUCUGAUGUAUGAAGUGUGACUAAGCAAGCUCUAGCUCAUGAAAACCUCUGCCACAAUAAAUUCACUAGUAUAUUAAGGCACUUCAAUGGAUCUUGUGUUGUUUUGGCUGCAGAAGACUAACAUGGCUGUCCUGGGAUUUGAAUAGACCUGCACUGAUAGUUAUCCAGUUCUCUGGUAGAAACCAGCAUUUUCAGUGAGGCAAAAAUCACUCCAAUUGUGUGAAUAUUCAUCUUUCCUGCCCCAGUUGUUUAUAAGAUGCCCAUGUAUCUUCCUUUCUCUGUAAGUCACAUGAAUGAUCUCACCCAAUCAGAGAUCAUGCAAUCGAUGGUAUGUCAUUGCAAUCCAACAUAGCCAAUGGAAUAUGGAUGUUUGAUGUCACUGGAAAUGAGUAAAGACAAGUUUGGGGGGAUUUUUUUAGUGAGCAGUGCCAAAAAAAUGGCUGAUGGAAACAUUCGUGGAGAAACCAAACCAUAUUGGCCCAGGUGUAGCUUGGAACAUCAGAACGCAUUCACACAUAUAAGAGGAGGUCCCCAAAAUCGCAAUUGUACUCACAUGUGCAGUUCUGUGAAGUGAGAUGACAGUAGGGCCUAUUAUGAGCAGGAGCUGAACAUGAACUCCCAUUCCUUUCAGUGAGUCUUGUAUAAGGGAAUUUUGUGGUAGCUUGUGAUGACCAUGUUCAUUAAUGAAAGGAGAGUGCUAUUUGCACUUUCUGCCUUAGUUGGUAAAAUUUUAUCUUGAACCCACCUUAAUCUUAGACACCUAGAUGUUGGGACAGCAGUAGGGACUGAUGCCAGAUCAUCCAGUGAAGGCCAGCAUCGUUACAGCAAUUCUUAAAGGGACAGUCCCUGUCUCCUUUGGGAGUAAUGGGGUACUCGAAAGAAGGGAGCAUUAAGUUUGAGGAGGAAUGAGACAGGUGGAGAGAUCUUCCUCCUGCCACACAAGCCAAGACAGGGGUGAGUUGAGUGACCCCUGGCAAAGAAAUGUUGAUCAUAUUGGAUUUGGGAGGGCAAUGGCCCCUCCACUGGCCCGCCACCUAAAAAUAAUUCUGGAGGAAGGAGCCCAAAGAAGAGCAGAUGCUUUGUUCUUAUGGAAUAUCCCCAUG